CGCCAUUUUGUAUCGAGAACUAUCGCUGUUAUUAAAGGAACAUAGAAAAUAUACAGCUUUGGAUAUUGCUCUCUUUAUCAUAAAAGUUUACACAAACUGAUUUUACUGAAGCCAUACUAGUCAUCUAUUUCAUCAAUGGGAAGUGUAACAAUCGGAAUCGACACUAACAGAAUCCAUACACCGGCACUAACAGGAAAUCAUAUUCAGAUUUGGAAUAGCUUAUUUUUCGAAACUAAAUAUUUCUAAAAAUGAGUAGUAGCAUCAUGAACUGUAGGCAUAAGAAGCCUAAUGCAACAUACAGACUAUUUUGUUUUCAUUGGGCUGGAGGUGGCUCUGAAUUCUAUGCAGGGUGGGGCGCCAAUAUGACGGACAGUGUCGAAGUAUAUGGAGUUAUAACACCUGGGAGGGAGAGUAGGUUUAUGGAACCAGCGUUCACGUCCGCAGAGAAGAUUGCAGCAGAAACAGCAAAGUGCAUCAAGGACAACUUUUCAGACAAACCAUUCGCCUUAUUUGGUCAUUGUAUGGGUGCGUGGAUGGCGUUCGAAACAGCUAGAGUACUACAGGGCGCGCAUGAAUUACCGCCAACCAAACUGUUUGUGUCUGGACAGUUCUCACCUCACUCUGAGAAAUAUCGCUCAAAUGUAGAAUCUACAGAAAAUAUGGAUGAUGAUCAGUUUAUUGAGUUCCUCCGAAGACUAGGUGGAACACCAAGUGAAGUCUUAGACAAUAGAGAUCUCAUGGAGGUCUUCUUACCAACAUUCAGAGCAGACUCCAAAUGCUAUGAAACAUAUGAACCUGAUGUAGGGGCAUCUAAACGUUUACCAUGCCCCAUCUAUGCUAUAGAUGGCACAAGUGACAAUUAUGAUCAUUCAGAAUGGUCUGAUUUGACAACUGGAGAGACAAGUACAAAACUCAUACAGGGUGGCCAUUUUUAUCUGACAGAAGAUGAAGGAAAAAAUAGUUUAUUGCAGUACAUUGGAGAUACUCUGUAGUUAAGACACUCUGUCUCUAAGUAAUCCCUGGACACCUUGUAGUAAAAUAAACAUUAUGUCAGGAGGAGCUUCAUUUAAAUGAAUGUAUGUAAACAUGACAUGAUGUUUGAGCAAAUAUAAAAUAAUGACAUAUUCUCAGUGCACGGGAUGCAGCCAGGACUCAAAUAUUGGCAAGGCAAAUUCAAAUAG